AUGUGCGGCCGGGAGCUCUCGCUCAUCUUGCUGGCGCUGGUCCUGUGCCGCGCGCCCUGGGGACAGGCGGCCCCCGCGCCGGCCGACGGAGGCCCCAUGCUGGCCAAGAUGUACCCCCGCGGCAACCACUGGGCGGUGGGGCACUUAAUGGGCAAAAAGAGCACCGGAGAGUCUCCGUAUGUGGACGAGGGCGGGAAGCAGGAGCAGUCACUGCCGGAGCAGGUGAAGUGGGAAGAGGCUGCCAGAAACUUGCUGGGCCUCAUGGAAGCCCAGGAGAAUAGGAGUGACCAACCACCUCCUCUCCAGCUCCUGGGCCACCGCCAGCCGACCUGGAAGCCCGAGGGUAGCAGCAAGUUCAGAGACAGAGGUUCUGAACGUGAAGGUGGACCCCUUGCCCCGUCUGGCGAAGGGCAGCACCCAUAAUUAAUCGGCCAAGGUGGCCGCCUCUCCAGGGAGCGAACAAAACCCUGAAAAGGCUGCGUUCUACAACCGGAUGGCAGCGCAAUCUCCUUUGUCUCCUCCUCUGGUACCUUUCCACCUAGGCGAACCCAUGGUUUCCAACCAGCGCCUUCCUAUUGCCUGCGGGAAACCAUCCUCUAAAAAGAGUCUUCCGAUUCAUGCUUGGCCCGCAGCGCCACCAAGGCUCCCCUUCGUCCACUACAGUCAAGCCCCUGCCUGUGACUGCUCACAAUA